GGAACAAGAGGGAUUACAGCUGAUGGUAGAUUGAUUAUGCAAUUAUGUCGAGAAUCACUAAGUGGAAGCUUGAGAAGACGAAAGUAAAAGUCGUCUUUCGGCUGCAAUUUCAUGCUACACAUAUUCCACAAAGUGGAUGGGACAAGUUAUUUAUAACUUUCGUUCCUACUGAUUCUGGAAAGACAACAGCAAAAACAACUAAAGCAAAUGUGAGAAAUGGAACAUGCAAAUGGGCAGAUCCUAUCUAUGAAACUACAAGGCUUCUCCAAGAUACAAGAAGCAAACAAUAUGAUGAAAAGCUCUACAAACUUGUCGUGGCCAUGGGUUCUUCACGGUCUAGCGUUCUUGGUGAGGCUAUUAUCAACCUAGCUGAUUAUGCUGAUGCGUCGAAGCCCUCUGCUGUUGCACUUCCUCUUCAUGGAUGUAACUCUGGAACUGUAUUACAUGUAACUGUUCAGUUGCUAACUUCUAAAACUGGAUUCAGAGAAUUUGAGCAGCAAAGGGAACUUAGAGAGGGGGGGUUGCAGACAGGCAACGAUCUACAUAGGGGUGAUGAAUCUGGUAGUGGCAAAGUAUCAUCUUCAGAAGAGAUUGCCAAGGAUCAGGUCCAUGAAAGAGUUCGAUUCAAACCAGAAUCAAAAGAGCUCCCUUCACUUGAAGAAGAAGUAGGGUUAACUGAAGAAUAUGCAGACUCAGCUGUCGGAUUUGAUGGCUCAUCCAAUACUUCCGGAAGUCUGUAUGCUGAAAAGCAUGAUACCUGCAGUACACAUGAAAUUGAUAGCCUUAAGAGUACAGUAGCUGGUGAUUUAAGUGAUCUGCCCUAUUUUCAAAGCCCUCAGACAGAGAAAGAAGAUGCAUCUGAUCAUCGAAUCUUGGCACAGGGGAGUAUCGAUUCAGUUCACGGUUGGGGUUCAGACUACUCGAUGGAUAAUGACUUGGCUACUUCUUAUGAGGAGAAUAGUAGACUUAGAGCAAGCCUGGAAAUGGCUGAGUCAUCUAUUUUCGAGCUUAAGCUUGAGGUAAUGUCUUUGCAAAGUCAUGCUGAUGAAAUAGGUGUUGAAACUCAGAAGUUAUCCCAUCAACUUGCUGCUGAGAUAACUUCAGGUGCAGAACUGGUGAAACAAGUUUCUGUGCUGAAAUCAGAAUGUUCAAAGUUCAAAGAGGAUCUUGAAAAGCUUACAAAUCUGAACUUAAGCCCUCAAAUUACCAGUGAAAAAACUAGUCACCCGGAGCAUGAUCUCUUAUUUCAAGAUACACAGCAAACAUGGCUAAAGGACCUUUUUGUUGUGGAGGACAGGUUAAGAAAGCUUCAAAAUAAGGCAUCCCUCGGUUUCCAUGAAUUCGACUUCACUUUUCUCCAAUCAGAGCUAGAGGCAUUGCUCUGUGUUCUGCAGGAUCUCAAACAUGGAACAGAGCAUGCCAUACCCUUGCCAGAUGUACCAUUGAAGAGAAUGAAUUUAGAAGCCAGAGAAAUGAGUUUACAUAAGUACGAACAAAUUGUUCCAGGAAUGGGAUCUGAUUUGGACUUGUACCAGCCAGAAAGUAUAUGUCCUCAGUUAAGCAUUGGCAGCCUAGUUUCUCAAGAAUAUGACCCUGUAGGUGCUAGUGAUGCAAUGAAAGGCAAAAUAUUUGAGCUUCUAAGGGAAUUAGAUGAGGCAAAAGUUGAAAGGGAAAGCCUAACAAGAAAAAUGGAACAGAUGGAGUGCUACUAUGAGGCUCUCAUUCAGGAGCUAGAAGAAAAUCAGAAACAACUAUUAGGAGAGUUGCAGAAUCUCAGAAACGAGCAUUCUACUUGCCUGUACACAAUGGCUACCCACAAAACUGAAAUGGAAUCAAUUCGACACGAUAUGAAUCAGCAAAUAUUAAGAUUUGCUGAAGAGAGAUGUGAUUUGGAUGCCCACAAUAAGGAGCUUGAAAGAAGGGCUAUUUCUUCAGAAGCAGCAGUUAGAAGGGCCCGCUUGAAUUACUCUAUUGCGGUGGAUCAGUUACAAAAGGAUCUUGAACUACUUUCUUCCCAGGUUGUGUCUAUGUUUGAGACUAAUGAGAACCUCAUGAAGCAAGCCUUUUCAGACACUUCCCAACCCUGCUUCCAAGGAUGCCUGGAUGCUGUGCAAACUCCAGAAUAUCCUGAUGCUAUUAAACUCUGGUCAUGUCAAAAUCAAAAAGCAGGAUUGAAGAAACAAUUCUUGGGUGGAGAUAUCCUUUCUGAGGACUUAAAAAAAUCACUCUCCUUGCAGAAAGAGCUUUUCCAGAAGGUUGAAGAAGAACUUGGCGAAAUGCAUUCAGUAAAUAUACUCUUGGAUGUGUUUUCAAAAACUCUGCAAGAAACAUUGAUUGAGGCAAAUGCUAGCAUUGGACUCAUGAAGGAUAAAAUGGAUGAACUUGGACAGCAGUUAGAGCUUUCAACUGAGUCCAAGAAUAUGUUAAUGGUAAGGUUGCAGGCUUCCAUGGAUGAUGUUGACACUCUAAAUGAGUACAAGGCUAGUUACAUUGCCAGGUGCAGUGAUUUGGUUCUGCAGAAUCAAAUUUUAGAGGCAAAUCUAGAAAAUGUUUCCAAGGAAAAUUGUCUCCUUACACACAAGAUCACUGAAUGGGAAUCACUCAUGGUGGAAUACAGAAGUAAUGAAAGCAAAUACGAAGCUUGUUCUGCUGAAAAAUCAGAGCUGGCGACUUUAUUGAGACAGGAAACUCUGAAAAAUGCCAAUCUUCAAAAAGAAAUGUCCUUUUUAAACCAAGAGGCAAGAACUUUCAAAGCUGAAUUCGACGAGUUGGCUUGUUCUAAGGACAACCUGCAGAAACUCGUCAACUUUGUGCAAGAUAGGUUGGGUAGUAUGUUGGCAGCUUUUGACACACAAUAUAGUGGACUGUCUCUCUCUAGUAAUUCUGUGGCUUUGGAUUCAAAGAUCGAGGAUUUCAAAGGGACCAUUUUGCAUUUGGAAGAGAUCCAGCAUAAUGCAUGUAGAAAGAUUCUUCAACUGAUGGAAGAGAAGAAGGACCUAGAGAGUGAAAAAGAUAUUGCUCAGGUGUCCUUGAGCACUGCUCGGUCAGAAAAUCUGGUCAUGACGCAGAAGUUUAAAAAUGAUAUGCAGGAUAUGGUAACUAAAUUAGAUAUGUCCAAUGCUCUUGUGGAAAAGCUUCAGUUGGAGCUUGAAUCUGUUGCUAAUAAACUCUACAUCAGCUCUGAAGUUGAAGAACAAUAUGCACACCAGAACAAAGAGCUUUUGGCUAAUCUUGCUCUUUUGGAAGUUGAGCUGCAACAAUUGACUUCUAAAGAUGGGAAUCUUGCUCAAGAGAUCUUGGGAUUAGAUGCCCUAGCUGAGGAAAUUGGAAGGAGUCAGACAACCAUUGCUAAGUUAAUACUGGAAAAGCAAGAUCUUAUGAUCUCCUUACAGGGUAAAACUGAGGAGUCUGUCAAGCUUGCAUCAGAGCUUGGCAGUCUGAAUGAAACUUUGAGAUAUCUGCAGGAUGAGUUGCAUGUUGAGAGAGGCAUCAGAGACAAACUAGAGAGUGCAGUUAUCAAUCUUAAUUCUCAAUUGGAUGAGAAGCACGACAAGUUGCUCCAUUUUGACCAGCUGAAAGCUGAACUGUUGCAUUUCAGGCAACUGGCAUCUGAUUUGGAAUUAGAAAAAUCUAGAGUUUGCCAUCUUUUGCUUCAGCAUGAGGAGUGUUUAGACAAGCUUCAAGAAGAGUCUUCUAGUCUAACGAGUCUGGAAAGUCAGCUAUCAGAAAUGCAUGAAUAUUCAAUAGCUGCAGAUGUUAGACUUACUUUUGUCACAACUCAGCACGAAAACCUAAUUGAGGAGCUCUUGCAGCAUCUUCAAUCUUCAGAUGGGCGCCUCAAGGUGCUUCAAAAACAGUAUCUUGAUGUGGAGGGAAUGUUUAAUCGCUCUGUUGAAUGUGAGGCCCAUUACAUUGAAGAAAUUGCAAAUUUGACGUCAACUCUGGAAUCCCAAAGAUCUGAAUUAGAAGCCUCUGUUGCUCAGACUAGGGUCCUAUCAGAUUCAGAAAGUAUUAUGACCGUUCAACUUGAGGCAUACAAGAUGAGGUUUUCAACAAUGGAAAUUAGGUUUUCCGAGGAUAAAACCCAGCAUGCUCUUGAGGUAGAACAGCUGAAGCACAGGCUUGCGGAUGCUGAGGAAGAGAUUGUUAACCGGAUGUUCUCAAAGGAAGGACUGGAAAUCACAGUGAUAGUCCUUAAAUCCAAACUGGAUGAGCAACAUAGUCGUAUAACCUCACUGCAUGAACAUAAUGAUGAACUGAUGAUGCUGCAGACCAAGUGUAAUGAGCUUACCCGUAAGCUUUCCGAACAGGUUCUGAAGACGGAAGAGUUUAAGAACAUAUCCAUUCAUUUGAAGGAGCUUAAAGACAAGGCUGAAGCAGAAUGUCUCCAGGCUCGCGAAAAAAGAGAAUCUGAAGGACCAUCAGUUGCUAUGCAAGAUUCGUUGCGAAUUGCCUUCAUCAAAGAACAAUAUGAGACGAAGCUGCAAGAACUGAGGCAACAACUUUCUAUUUCCAAAAAACAUGGAGAGGAGAUGCUCUGGAAACUACAAGAUGCCAUUGAUGAAAUUGAGAAUAGGAAGAAAUCUGAAGCUUCUCACUUGAAGAGAAAUGAAGAGCUAUCACUAAAAAUCUUGGAAUUGGAGGGUGAAUUACAGUCAGUACUUUGCGACAAGCGUGAAAAAUCCAAAGCUUAUGAUCGAAUAAAGGCAGAAUUGGAAUGUGCACAACUAAGCCUUGAAUGUUGCAAGGAAGAAAAAGAAAAGCUUGAAGUCUCUUUACAAGAAUGCAACACUGAGAAGUCUAGGAUUGCUGUUGAGCUUACCUUGGUAAAAGGAAUGAUGGAGAAUUGUGCAGUUUCUAUUGAUAUUCAAAAGGAAGGAAAUGGUGGGUUGGAAAAAGUUGAGCAUAUGUCUAAAGAUUUGACUCCGGUGGAUGGUACUCUAAGUUUUGGAAGAAUAAAAGAGGAUGUUCUUGUGAAUGGUCCAACUGGAAACCCCUUCGGCAAGUACUUGGACCAAGAUAGUUUGAUGAACAGUGAAGCAGUAGAAGUUAGAAGCUCUAUUCUGGUCAGUGAAGGUGUGCAUUCCACUGAACCCAUGAAUGUGCCACCCAUAGUGGAUGUCAUGUCUAAAAGUGUACAUGGAAUUCCAGAGCGCUCACUUCUAGAUCAAGGAAACUUGGCACACAGUAGUCCAACGAAUGUAGUUGUUAUCAAUGAUCACUUCAGAGCUCAAAGUUUGAGGUCCAGUAUGGAGCACCUACAUGAAGAGCUCGAAAGGAUGAAAAACGAGAACUCCUUCAUUCCAGAGGAUUUUCAUUUUGACCCAGAUUUUCAAGGUUUGCAGAGUGAACUCCUUCAAUUGGACAAGGCAAAUGAAGAGCUGGGAAGCAUAUUCCCAUCAUUUAAUCAAUUUUCGAGCAGUGGGAAUGCAUUAGAAAGGGUGCUUGCAUUGGAAAUUGAGCUUGCUGAAGCAUUGAGGGCAAAAAAGAAAUCAAGCAUUCAUUUCCAGAGUUCUUUCCUAAAACAACAUAGCGAUGAGGAAGCGGUACUAAAAAGCUUCAGAGAUAUCAAUGAGCUGAUUAAAGACAUGUUGGAACUCAAGGGAAGACAUGCUGCUGUGGAGGUUGAGCUGAAAGAGAUGCACGAUCGUUACUCUCAAUUAAGCCUCCAAUUUGCCGAGGUUGAAGGGGAGAGACAGAAACUCAUGAUGACCCUCAAGAACGUUCGAGCUUCCAGGAAACUCUUACAGUUAAAUCGCUCCUCCUCGGCCACUCUAGUGGAUCACCCCUCGUAA